AUGCCGAAAAAGGAAGAAAACCAAGUUAUGUCAGGUAUGCUAAGCCUUCCUGAAGACGUAAUUUGCAAAAUACUGUCAGGGUUCCGUGCUAAAGCUAUAAUGCGACUCAGGCGCGUAUGCAAAUCAUGGUAUGUACCUCUGUUUGAUGAAUCAAAAUUGUCAUCUGUAUCGCGGGAAGCAUCAUGGAAUAUUGAGAGGGCGGUGACAGUUAGUGGCCGACACGAGAUCAAAGGGAAAGGUAACGAUAUUGCUAAUAUAUGGGGUUCUUGUGAUGGUUUGUUAUACAUGUACGUAGGGGAAAGACAUUACAUGAAUAAUCCAAUAACUAAUAAACGUAGUCCAAUACCCCCACCGCAAUGCAAGUCGGUACUUUCCGAUUAUACCGUUGGAUUCGCUUACAGUUCCAAGAAUGAUGAUUACAAAAUAGUAUGCAUUCCAUGUAGUCCUCGCACUAAUUUAAGCGUUGAGGUUUAUUCAUCAAAAACAAAUUUGUGGAAAUUUGUACAAUGCACUGAAUAUGAAUGCAGCAAGCGAAAUGGCGUACUUGUUAGUGGUCAUCUUCAUUGGAUGGCCGUUCACGACCGCGUGAGUACUAGAUAUGAUCAUCAUGGUGGUCCAGAUGAUGAUAUUAUUGCUUUCGAUGUUAGCAAUGAUACAAUCAAACUCGUCGAUAAGCCAGAAUCAUUCCUCUACGUUAAGGAGGAGUACUUCUUGAGUGUUGGUGAUUUAGGAGGUCGGCUUUGCUUAUUAUGUAAUAAAUUUGGUACCCAAUGUAUGGACAUCUGGGUUAUGGAGGAUUACGGUGUGAGAAGGUCUUGGACUAAGCGUCUUAGUACAGAAAAUUUAUGGUAUAUGAAUAAGAAUAAUCGCAAAUGCUAUCCUAAGUUUCUUUAUUUAACAAGAUCGUCUACAAACGGUGUGAUCCUAUUUGAGGUCUCAAAGAGCAAAUUUAUUAUAUAUAACCCCAAGUACCGAAGGAUUGAAGUGCUUAACGUUGACGGAAUCCCGAAGGGAUGGUCACAGAGUGUGACUUAUACGGCAAGUCUAAUUUCACUUGAUACGUCACAAGGUUACAUUCACGUCAUCAUUACUUCAUCUGGCCCGGCACAACCGUGCAUGUGUACUGGCAUCUACGGCCCUCCUCAUCCAGAUGCAAGAACAGAUUUGUGGCAAGAUUUCCUAACAAUCUUCCCAAAUACCAACAUCUCAACUCCGUGGCUCCUAAUAGGGGACUUUAAUGACAUCGUGGAUCAAUCGGAGAAAAAAGGUGGCAGACAAAUCACUUAUAGUCAUACUCAACCGUUCGUGGCAAUGAUCGACCAGAUGGGUUUUAUCGAUCUUGGAUUUCGAGGAGAUCCAUUUAACUUGGACAAAGAACCAACAAGGUCAAGACAACAUCAUGGAAAGACUAUAUAG